UUAAUCAAAAUAACCAGGCAUUUCCGCUCAAAUUUUAGGGAGGGGGCAGGAAUCACACCAGAGGUCGCAAAAAUGUCUAUCACCGUAGAGGAGAAAAACUUCGGUCUGGCCACCAACCCGCUAACCGAAGCCCGGCAAAUGGUUCGCUGCUACACCCUAAAGAACACCAAGGGCAUGUCCGUGUCGCUCAUCCAGCUGGGGGCCACCAUCCAGAGCAUCUCCCUGCCGGAUGGCUCCAAGAAGGUGGAGGAUGUGUGCCUCGGGUUCGACGACAUCGCUGGCUAUGUGACAAACAAGGCGGCCUACAUCGGUGGAACCCUAGGGCGAGUGGCCAACCGUGUGGCCAACGGUGGGUUUACCAUGGAUGACACUACAGUCAACCUGACGAGGAACGUCGAGGAUCAGUUUCAUCUGCACGGUGGCUUCGUGGGAUUUGACAGCGUCAUUUGGGAAGUGGAGCAGAAGACACCACAGGGUGUGGUUUUUCGCCAUGAAUCCCCACAUGGUCACGAGGGCUAUCCAGGCACUCUCAGGUGCCUUGUCACCUACCGCCUGGACAAUGAGAACCGUUUGUUCAUUAGUUACGAGGCCACCACAGAUCGCCCGACAAUUGUCAAUCUCUCGAGCCACGUCUAUUUAAAUCUAGCUGGUCAUAAUGCAGGUCCCAAAGGACUUGCAGAGCACACGGUGGAGAUAGCUUCCAGUGAGAUUGUAGCAACGGAUGACAUGCAGAUCCCAACAGGGCAGUUAACCCUGGUUGACAACACGGUUUUCGAUCUCCGAUCACCUGUGGUCCUGGGAGAGCGCCUCAAGCAGUUCGAGGAUCGUCCCAUCAAGGGUUUCGACAACUGCUAUGUGGUCAAUGGAGGUCAGCUAUUGAGAUCGACCGUCAAGGUGGCCAAGAUAGUGCACCCGCCCAGUGGCCGAGCUCUGGAGGUCUGGACAGAUCAGCCAGGCAUGCAAUUCUAUACCGCGAACAACAUAACCAAAAUGGCUGGCAAGAAGGGAUUCCAUUAUGUGAAGCACGGAUCCUUCUGUGUCCAAACGGAGAAGUUUCCCGACGCCGUCAAUCACCAGAAAUUCCCGUCAAUCAAUCUAGACCCUCAUGAAACAUACCGUCACGAAGUUGUAUACUGGUUUAAGAUCGAAAAGAUCUGCAGGUGCUGUUAUAAAAAGUAACCACGAGCCUCGUAAAUAAAGAUUCCUGACACCUUA